GGCAAAUAGAAUGAACUGUCUUCGCAGCAAUAUUUGUUUAUUUAUUUGCUUUCUGUUCUUUUAUGUAAAUGAUUGUACAGCACAAGAAGAAGCAAAUGCAUCGAAUGAUACUUUGUUGAUUCGGCUCCGUGAAGGCAAAACUGAGAACGAGGGUCGUGUUGAGAUUUACCACGGAGGGGAAUGGGGAACGAUAUGUGACGAUGAUUGGAAUAUUGAAGCUGCUAACGUUGUGUGUAGGAUGUUGGGAUAUGAUGGGGCAUGGGAGUAUUUGCACAGCGGGAAGUUCGGUCCCGGGGAAGGUGACAUAUUGAUGGAUAAUGUACAGUGUACCGGCGAUGAAAGCAUCAUAUCAAGUUGCCAAUUUAACGGCUGGAAAAACCACGAUUGUUCUCACCACGAGGAUGCAGGCGUCAAGUGUAAUAAAAUAAGAUUACCGGGAUUUCACCGCAAUUUGCAAACUGGGGACGAAGGUCUUGAUUUUAUCCGUCUUAAACCGCCAAGGGGGCACAGAAAACGUCUUCCACAACUAGACGGUUACGUAGAGUUUUACCAUCAAAAGAAAUGGAGGAAAGUUUGCUCAACUGGGUGGGACUUGAACACGGCAUCUGUGAUUUGUGGACAGCUAGGAUUUCCUAGAGCAGAGGAAAUUACGGAUAGGAGCCAAUAUUUAGCCAGGGCAAGAAAAAAGCAUUACUAUUGGUUGAGCAACAUUACAUGUAUAGGCACUGAGAAUAAAGUGUCCCAAUGCAAGUUUCAAAAUGUGGAUAUAAGUGCAUACAACACCUGCCCUGGUGAACCACUGAUAACAAGAUGUAUUCCUGGUCCAAAGUACGCAAGAGGGAAUUUCAAAAAAGGAGGAAAAAGAAGAAAACACAGAAAACAUAAUGUCUUGAGGCAGGAAACGAUCCGAUUAAAAGUUGGAUCAGCAGAAGGAGAGGGCAGGUUAGAAGUGAUGAGGUCUGGUAGAUGGGGAACUGUUUGUCAUCGCGGAUGGAAUUUAUGGGCAGCUAAUGUCGCAUGUAGGGAGCUUGGGUUUGGGACGGCUAAGAGGGAAAUUAUUAAUUCAUAUUUUGGUGCAGGACAUGGUCCAAUAUGGUUGACCGAUUUGAAUUGUCGUGGUAACGAGACACAGUUGAGCGAUUGUCAACAUGGUUACAUAUCCACAAGUGCUGAGGGGUAUGAGGAUUCAGAACUAACAGAAUGCAAUCAUGAACAUGAUGCUGGCGUGGCUUGCUAUGUUCCACAGUUCAAUGCAAAUCAAAGGAUACGGCUGGUUGGAGGGCGUAACCCAAUGGAGGGUCGAGUAGAAGUGAAGAUAAGGAAAAGGUGGGGAGCGGUGUGUAGUAAUGAUUGGACAAUGAAAGAGGCAAUGGUUGUGUGUCGACAACUUGGUCUCGGGUUUGCUCUUCAUUCUCUAAAGGAUGUUUAUUUCUUCCCUGGAACUGAAAACAUCACCGAGAUUGCAAUGACUGGCAUCCACUGUAAAGGAGAUGAACUAGCCUUACAGUUUUGUCCAAGUGAUGGGCGAAGUUUGUCAGUGUGUGGAGAUCCACACCGAUCCUCAACUCCAUUUGCUGGAGUUAUUUGCACUGAAUUAUCCCCUGAUCUGAUGCAGGAUAUUCCUCUUCUACAACAAUCUCUUCAUUUAGAAGAUCGACCGCUGCAUAACUUGUAUUGUGCAUCUGAGGAAGGUUGUCUAUCGCCCUCUGCUGCAAAGAUGGAUUGGCCUUAUGGAUCUCGUCGACUCCUCCGUUUCUCAACAAGAGUUUGGAACAGAGGAAGAGCCGACUUCCGACCUGCGAGGAGCCAGGACCAGUGGAUCUGGCAUCAGUGCCAUGGGCAUUACCACAGCAUGGCUGAGUUCACACAUUACGAUAUACUUGAUCUUAACUUCACCAAAGUAGCUGAAGGACACAAAGCAAGCUUCUGUUUGGAAGAUAGCGAAUGUUCCCCGGGUGUUUCUCCACGUUUUGAUUGCGAUCAGCCUGGUGGAGGGGUGCAAGGUAUUGCUGUGGGCUGUGCAGAUAAUUACCAGUACAACAUAGAUUGCCAGUGGAUUGACAUUUCUGAUAUUACUGCUGGAAACUACUUAAUAAGAAUUCGUGUCAAUCCUGGUACUUUGGUUGCGGAAUCCGAUUUUGGAAACAACGAGGUUAUUUGUAAUUUACAAUAUGAUGGAAGUCGAGUUUGGGCAUGGAAUUGUCAUAUACCUGAUGACUUUGACCCAGAGAUAUUGAUACGUUAUUACACAUCGGAAGUCUACCCUUAAUUCUUUCAUCUUUUACACUUUGUAUUCUUGGAAUAAAAUUCCUUUGUGUA